AUGGAAUACGAAAUAAAUCAAAAACUACCUUUAAGCGCUAAUUUACAGAAAUAAUCAGAUUCCUAACAUCAAACUAUAGAUUCAAUGUAAUCAAUCACUUAAGAAUACCAAAAAAUCAUGGAAAAAUUUUAACAAGAAAUUUUUUAAGUUAAGCAAAUUAAAAAAGAAAAAAAUGAAAAGAGAUCUGAAAAGCUAAAAAAUAUUCCAACUUUUACUAAUUUAUUAUAAAGGACAUAACUUGAUAGAUGA